AUGAAAGUCCGUGUGAAGCUUGGCUCUCGAAGCCAAACAAUUCUGCUUGAGCAGCAGGAUCCAGCUAAUGUUCGACUGCAGGAUCUCAGACAGUCAGUGAGCCGGGAGUUUCACCUACAGGAUGUGGAUUUCCAGUUGAGCCUGAACAAGCAAGAUGCCCUCUCUGGUGAGGACCAGACUUUGGAUGCCUUUGGGAUCGUCUCUGGUGAUCUCCUACACAUCAUCGGCUCCAACUUAUCUCAGGCCGUUCAAGUAGGACACGAGGAACAGAUAAACAACAGAGUUCAACCUUUAGCUCCGUACUCAAACCAUGACUCAGCUACCAGCCACCAGACACAGACCAUAUUAGUAGAUCCACGAGAACGCUCACCAGUGUCUUCUUCAUCAUCCAGGUCGAGGACCUCAGGAGUCGAUGUUAACAAUGCCAUGGAUGUCAGUACUGACAAGCAUAUAGAUCAACAUGAUCUGUCCACAGUGUCGGACAUCAAUAGGUAUAUGCAGGAGCCACUGGUCAUCAGGGAAUCCACGGAACACCAGGUGCCAGUCUUACUGAGUCAGUUGUAUUCGUCUGCUGGCUGUAGUAGUGACACCGAUGCCUUGUGGGUGGCUGUUCACACGCUGAUGUUGGAGUCUGGGUUCGUACCCUUGCAGACCCAGGAUGCCGCUAUGAUGCCCAGUGACUUCAAGCGUCCAGGCUACUACCUGUGCUCCUACAACUAUGUGAUCACAGCUGAUGCCAGUGCCAGUUGCUCCGUGGUUGGCGUCACUGCUGGAGCAUCCAUCAUUGCCCAUGGAUUGGCCCCAGUCAGUCCUGACUUGAAGACAGAUCACUUACAGCUGAAGAGUACAGAGUUUGUUCGAACAUUAUCACAAGAUGCACCAGCCACUUACCGGGCAUUAGACAAAUUAUCCAGACUUGUCAAGGACACCAUCUGUUUGACUCUCAUCAACAAACUUGUCACAGCUGCCGGAUUCCCGGAGAGACAAGGCUUGCAGGCUCUGCCCUACGAGACAAAGCUGCGGGUGACCUCAUUCCUUGAUGCCAGAAGUCUGUGUCACCUGGGACAGACCUGCCGAGAAUUUAACACAUUGCACAGAGAUAAGACACUUUGGAGAAUUCUCUACAUACGGACGUUUGGAAAACCAGACGACUGCAGCUUGUCCAGAAACUGGUACGAGAUGUUUAAGGUCAGAUAUAGACAGUACAAGGAAGAACAGGACAGAAGAAACAGAAUCUUGUACGUGGAUGAGACAGACCCACCCUGGGGGUUUCCUGGCUCCGGACCAUUCAGACCAGCUAAUCCUGGCUUGCCAUUUCCUCACUUGGUGGGAGGGGAUUAUGAUGUCAAUCCGGAAUAUGCCUCAGGAAACCCAAAUCCAUUUGGAGGUCGAAGGUCAAAUGGUCCUUUGUUGCCAAGAGUCAACAUCCCAGAUCCCUUGUUUCCAGAGCCAGGGUUUGGUCUGCCAGGACAACCCAGGCCAGGUGCCGGCAGCUUGACAGGGUCACCUUUCUCUGGCAACUGGAGAGGACCUUUCAUGUAG